ACCACAUGGUAAUUCUAAGACUUGUUCUUUACCCAUGGAAUGUAAUAUUUUUGCAAAGAAGGACCACUUCACAAAUGGUUAUAAAGUCAUACCCACUUCUUCCACAAUGACCACAACAAAUGACCAAGCAUGAACUAAAGUGCCAGAAUUGAUUGUGGUGGGACAUCUUUCACUGAGAAAUAACUAAAAUGGAACAUAAUGAGUCUGCUUCCAAUGCUGAUAAAAUCCACCAGAAUCGCCUGUCAAGCAUUACAGAAGACGAAGACCAAGACGCCGCUCUUACCAUUGUGACGGUGCUGGACAAAGUAGCCACCAUUGUGGACAGUGUGCAGGCAAGCCAGAAGAGACUAGAGGAAAGACAUAGGGAAAUGGAAAAUGCCAUAAAAUCUGUCCAGAUUGACCUGUUGAAGCUUUCCCAGUCACACAGCAAUACAGGCUAUGUCAUUAACAAGUUGUUUGAGAAAACUCGAAAAGUCAGUGCUCACAUUAAAGAUGUGAAGGCCCGGGUGGAGAGGCAACAGGUUCAUGUGAAAAAUGUUGAAUCCAAGCAAGAGGAAAUAAUGAAAAAAAACAAAUUCCGUGUGGUGAUCUUCCAGGAGGAGAUUCGGUGUCCAACAUCCCUGUCUAUUGUCAAGGACAGAAGCCUAACUGAGAAUCAAGAGGUCGAGGACGAUGUCUUUGACCCUCCAAUAGAUCUAUCUUCAGACGAAGAAUAUUAUGUGGAAGAAAGCAAAUCUGCCAGGCUUAGAAAGUCAGGCAAGGAGCGCAUUGACAAUAUCAAAAAGGCAUUUUCCAAAGAAAACAUGCAGAAGACACGGCAAAAUUUUGACAAGAAAGUGAACAGAAUUAGAACUAGAAUAGUGACCCCGGAGAGGAGAGAAAGGCUAAGGCAGUCAGGAGAGAGGUUAAGGCAGUCAGGAGAGAGGCUGAAACAGUCAGGUGAAAGGUUUAAGAAAUCCAUUUCUAAUGCAGCUCCCUCAAGGGAAGCUUUUAAGAUGCGUAGCCUUCGGAAAGCGAAGGACCAAACCGUGGCGGGCGACGUGGAGGAGGUCAGGGAGAUGGGUGUGGACAUCAUUGCCAGGAGUGAGUCUCUGGGUCCCAUCAGUGAGAUCUACACUGAUGAGCUCAGUGAAACAGACCAUGAGGAGGCCAGGGCGGCGUAUCCUCCCAGAGAAGGGGGAGAGAUUUCAACCCCUGAGCCUUUAAAAGUUACUUUUAAACCCCAGGUGAAAGUGGAGGAUGAUGAGUCUCUUUUGCUAGAUUUAAAGCAGUAAUCAUAAAGAGGAACUAAGCAUAUUAUAAAUAUAAAUCUCUUUAAUCACAGGUUCUAGUUUAAAUGAUACAGUCAUUUACAUUGAUAGCGUAGUAUAGUCAUUUACUUUAUACAAUAGUCAUGUAUAUGUGUCUAUAGGAAAACAUGGAUGACACGGCUGGUUUCAUUUCUGAUGUUUAAAAUUUUAAAGGUAAUACAAGUAUUCUCUACAUUUCCUUAUAACUUCCUUUUUCUCCCCUGGGCUUGUAUGAUUCUAUCAACUCUCUUUUAUGUCAUUCUUAAUGGCAGCUGUGGAUUUUUAAGUUCUUUUCUCUUACCCAGCAGGAAAGUAGUUUCCUAGUGAGGGCCAAUUAGGUGUUUGGUGUCUAAAACAUAGGAAGGGCAAUUUGUAGCCAUCAUUUGCAAGUGAACUUUCAGUUUUGGUCUAGAUGGAUGUUGUGGCCAAGCUCAAAGGGGAAUAACCCAUGUGGAUUAUAUCAUCCAUAUGUUCAAAUAGAUUCAUCAGUAAAUUAGUAGUCACACUUCUUUUUGAUGCUUUUGCUUAAAAAAAAAAUGAAGUUCUGGACUUGAGCAUUUGAUCUGGCAUUAUAGCUCUGUUAUACCAAGCCCCUCGGCAAGACACCUGCUAAUACGCUCAUCAGUAAAAUGGAGAGUGUUAGUCUAUCCCAUCUCAGAAGACUGUUGUGAAGAUCAAAGGAAAUGUUAUACAUUCUGGGGGUACAGGGAGCAAGCACAUUCAGAGAAAACAAACCCCACUGGUUCCUCAGGAACAGAAUUGUAAUAAUUACACCUUCUAAAAAAGACUUGAGCACCAAGCAUUGAGGACCUAGGUUGGACCAGAAGCUCAAGUUGGUCUUCAGAAGCCUUUUCAUAGACUAAGGGAUAAAAAAUAUUUGAGUAACAUCUUUUUCUGUCAAAGACUAAAAUCCAACCUUGGGUAGGGUCUUAAAAUGCUUUCUGGAAACUCCUUUUCUAAUUUUCUGUUGAUUUAGAUCUAUGGUAGACUAGAGCAAUCUUUGGGCAGCAUGAAGUGUAAAACUAUGACUGUGUGCUUUCAAGAGGAUUUUCUAAAAUCUUUCCUGAUGCAAUGGGUUUGGAAAUGGCCUCAUGUUUCUUUUUUCCAGAGUGAACCCCUCAGGGCCUGCCUGUCCAAAACAGUGAUCAUAGGAAUUCAUCAUUGCUGGUUUGGGAGGAAGCCAGAUUGCACUUAACCAUUAGCUUUAUAUCUAGCCAAUCUGGAAGUAGAUAUUAUUGCUGACAUGAAAAAUUGUCAUACUGGUUCUGCACUUCUGGUAUGUUUAAAUCUCCAUUUUUUUGUAAUGGGGAAGAAAUGAUGGAAUUGUUGAGUUUGAAGAGUGUAGACAAGCAGCUGUCAGAUCAAUUUUGGGCGCUCAUAUCGUAUUUAAAAAUUGUAAUCAACUUACACAGACAGAUACAAAUAAGCUAUAGAGUAUUUGACUUGGUUACCCAGAUAUUUGGGUUUGGGAGUUUGAUUCAGUAUCAUUUCCUUCUUCACUCUACAUGAAUACAUAAAAUCAUGAAUUGUUCAUCUCGAUUAUCUUUUUAUAUUGAAAACUAAAGUGUUUACAACAUUGUUUGAAAAGAAUAAUUUAAAAAAUGUUAUAGUUUAGAAAGAGCUUGGAUGCCUAGUCACGUAUUCCCUUAAAGCCAUUAUAAAUUUGAAUUUUAAAAAGGUAAAGUUUGAUGUUGGUAUCCUAUUUAUAAAUAUUUUUACUAAUAAUGCAAAUAACAUGGCAUGAAUUUGAUAUAGUAACCCUUCUUGUUAUAGAUAUGUUUUGAAUUUAAGAAGAAUAUGAGAAGUUAUAAGCUUUUUCUUUUUUCUAGCCCUACACAGAGUAAAUAUCAUUGGGGCUAAAAUAUUUUUCUGCAGAUAUUACUACCAAGGAAUUUUUGUAGUUUGUUUGCUUACUGACCUUAUUAUGUCACCAGGCUUAACAUUAUGGAAUAUAUAGAUACAUUUGAGUUUUGAUGUGGAAAACAUUAUAACCUGGUCAGCUCUUCAUCGUGGUAAGACUUCGUACAACCCCAGAAACACAAUUUUAUGUAACUAGAGAUUCAUUGAAGCGUUAUACUGCUUUCUUAGUUCCAGGAUUUUCCCCUCCAAUCACUUUUGUGUCUUGACAUUUUUCACCAUAUAGAGUAUUUCUCAAUUCCACAUUCAUAAUUGUUUCUCUUUUCACCUUCUGUUUUCUUAAUGUAAAGAAUGUCUAUUUAUUAUAGGCUAUAAAAUCAUGCAUUGCCAUUUAAUGCAAAGAAUAUUCUAGUCAAUGUUCCUUAUUUCAGAAGUUUCAGAUGACACAAAAUAGAUAUUUUGCUCAUUUUACUCCUGUGUUUUUGAAAUUAUAUGUUAGAUUCUAAGCAAUUUAUUCAAUAAAACCAUGACCAGGAUUUA